AUGGUAUGCAAAAGAAGGAAAGGAAAUGAAAAUAAUAGGAUUCAAGAGACAAAAGAAGAGAAAGAUGAGACAAGUGCUGACAGAUUAAGCUCUCUACCAGACCACUUGAAUCACCAUGUUCUCUCAUUGCUCUCUAUAGAAGAUGUCUGGAGCAUGUCACUUUUAUCCAAACGUUGGAAUAUGCUUUUCACAACAUUUCCUAUUAUUGAUCUCAAUGAAGAUAAUUAUCCAUCUAGAGAAAAGUUUGUGGAAGCCUUGCAGCUAUGCUUGGUGCGACGCCAAAUGGUUCAUCUCCAAAAACUCAGUGUUCAAAUGACAUUUCCUAGUAACGGGGAAAUCGACCAACUGAUAGACAAAGUUCUUGAUGAAGCAACCAAGGGAAAUGUGCAAGCUCUUGACCUGAGGUUUUCAAAUGGAAAAUAUCGUAGUUGUUGGAACACAUUGUAUGUACUUCCAGAGGUAAUCUUUUCUCAUUGUUCAUCUAUGAAAUCAUUUGAGGUGGUAGGCAUCAACUUUGGAUAUUCCUACAAAGUUUUGAACUUGCCUUUCCUGAGGACUCUUUCCAUCAAAAAUGCUCUUAUUGGAGAUGAAUUUCUGCCCAAGUUAAUCAAUGCAUGUCCUUCUCUUGAAAACCUGUCUUUGAUGCGUUGUCUUGGGCUUAAAAUUGCCAAGAUUCAUCACAACAAAAUAAGCUACUUUUUGGUCAAGUGUAACAGACUCUUGGAGAAAAUUGAAAUAGAUCUACCAAACCUCCAGAGAUUCUUCUAUAAGGGUCCCUACUUGAUGAAUAGAGCUGGAGUUCUUGUAGCUUCAAUGGUCGGGAAUGAACAUGAGGCUACGAAACUUGAUACUGUGUCCUUGAAACAUUCAAGAUUGGAAUUUAAGGCAUUUCAGGACCCUUAUUUCAAAUAUCUUGGAACACUCAUCCUUUCCGAUAUUGAAAUAGUUGAUGGUUCUUUCUGGUGCACCAAUGCAUUUUUCCCGCACCUUGUCUCCUUGGAAUUGAAGUGUUGCAAGACUCUCAGGAAACUUCAUGUAAUCAGCUCAACAGUUAAGUGUCUUGUCAUAUGUAACUGCAAAUACAUGGAUUAUUGGAAAAUUGUGUGUACAAAUCUCUUGGUGCUCGAGUAUGAAGGGCCAGUGGUGAAGUUCUCUCGACCACUAACGUCCAACAAAGUUGAAGUAAAACUAAGUUUGACGACGCGAUUUAUUCACUCCCAUGAUAUAUUGGAACUUCACCGCACAAGAGAUUUUCUUCAGAUGUUUUCCCCAGCAGGUGACAUGACAAUGACGCUCAUCCAUGAUUGUGAAGAGUGUGUGAUGAUGCUCAAGGAAAUUGCUGAACUUCCACUGAAUUAUGUCAAGCAUUUAGAAGUGAAAACAGAUGAAGUAUCAAUUAAUCUCAUCGAUCUUUUUCAAGGCAUACUUUCUAUAUCAGUCCGUUUUGGGACCUUGCUCAUCCAUGUGGAUUCACUUCAAAUCAAGCUGAAGCUUUGGGACUUUGAUAAAAAGAAGGCUUCAAGUGGUUAUAACAUGCAGCAAGCCAACUACGAAUACGCCUUACAAUCACUACAGAAUGUGUGGAUAACCAACUUUGGAGGAAGUGAUGAAGAAAUCAAGCUGGUAGAUUAUGUGCUUAAGAAGGCCAUAAACUUGGAAUGCAUUUCUGUAUCUCCUAUAGCUGCAGAUCAAGAAAAUUAG